AUGGAACCUCAUAAUGCCAUCACGGACAGCGGCGCCACCCUUCCAUCGCCAGCGCCGGCUCCGGCUCCGAUGACCGGCGUAAAUGCACCGCCGCCGUUUUUAGUAAAGACAUAUGAUAUGGUAGAUGAUCCGUCAACUGAUAAGGUUGUUUCAUGGAGCGCCACCAAUAACAGUUUCAUUGUGUGGGACCCCCCGGAAUUCGCUAGAGACCUUUUGCCCAAAUAUUUUAAACAUAAUAAUUUCUCAAGCUUUGUUCGCCAGCUCAAUACUUAUGGAUUUAGGAAAGUCGAUCCUGAUCGAUGGGAAUUUGCAAAUGAGGGAUUUUUACGAGGUCAAAAACACUUGCUUAAAAGUAUCAUUCGCCGAAAAUCAGCUGCGGUACACCAUCAACCGCCUCAACAACCUCAUCAACAGACCUCCUCUGUGGGUGCAUGUGUUGAAGUUGGAAAGUUUGGUCUGGAGGAAGAGGUUGAGAGACUGAAAAGGGACAAAAAUGUUUUGAUGCAAGAGCUUGUCAGGCUGAGACAGCAGCAACAAACAACUGAUACCCAAAUGCAAUCAAUGGUGCAACGUCUUCAGGGAAUGGAACAAAGGCAACAACAAAUGAUGUCAUUUUUAGCAAAAGCAGUGAACAGCCCUGGGUUCUUGGCUCACUUUGUUCAACAACAAAAUGAGAGCACUCGACUCAUAACAGAAGGAAAUAAAAAACGCAGGUAUAAGGAAGAUGCAGUUAUUUCAAAUGACCAUUCAUCAGAUGGACAAAUUGUCAAGUACCAGCCCAUGAUGAAUGAUGCAGCACAAGCCAUGCUCAAGCAGAUCAUGAAACUAGAUAAUCCCUCUCCCCGCUUGAAUACUUUCAGUUCUGCACUUACUCUUCAGGAAGUCAAACCACCAGCUUCUGGUCAAUCUUAUUUACCAGCAGUUACAGGGAUCCUGUCUGCACCCUUAGAAACAAAUUCUGAAGUGGUUGCAGCGAAUAAUUUCCCAGAUACUAACCCACUAGUGGAUGGUCAAGAUUUAUCCGAUUUACAUGCAUUCUGA